GAUUAUAAACGCUCAACAGAAGUUAUAGAACUUAUAACUUCACUCUAUAGGCCUAACGUUUUUCAUUGUUCACCAAUAUUAUUGUAUUGAUAUAUAUAUAUACACACACACAAAAAUAUGAUUCAUUCUAUCCUAUUCACAGAUCCUGUCAUUUCUCAAUAGUUUUCAUAUCAUCUUUAUUGAAAUGGGUUCCCAAUUAUUGUUGGUUUUCUUCACAUUUUACAUUUGUGUCGUAAGCUCGACCAGAACGUUGGCGCCAUCUCCAGACCAAAACCACUUCUCUUCGUUCAUCUCCGAACCAAUGCGGCAGAUUGGGUUUUAUUUGGUCAGUGUUGAUUAUUCGUUGUAUCACAAUGACUGCAAGAAAUACGAACAUCUUCUCGGAAAAGUGAUUCACGGAAGAUCUCCAAAACAUGCUCUAGUGUAUUGCUACAAACACGUCAUGUAUGGAUUCGCAGCAACACUCACCGAAAAAGAGGCUGAGAAAAUGAAAGGUGAGGAAGGAGUUCUGAGUGUAACUAAGGACAUCAUUAUACACAGAGACGCACCCUAUGACCAUGAUGCAGAUAACGAAGAUAGUAAUUACUAGUCAUUAUAACGUUUUUGUGUAAAUUAUUCUUGUAACUUGGAAGAAACUAAAACAAAAAGAUAUUUAUUAUCAUCCCUACGAUAAUAUAAAAAAAAUUUGG